CUCCGCCACGGCGCCACCACUCUCCCAAAACCAAAAACCCCCCGAAAACCCUCCCUUUAGCAGUAGGCAGUAGCAGAGUAACAGUGUAGUGGGAGAAGAACACCAUGAAUUUCUUCAACAAACCCAAACAGCCACUCACCAAUUCUUCUUCUUCUUCUUCUUCACCGCCCCAAACUCCUCACCUCUUUCUCCAGCAAGCCUUCACUUCCCUCCAAGCCAACGUCUCCAAUUUCCUCCAAAACGCCCUUCCAAAACCCCCUUCUCCUUCCUCUUCCGAAUCCCCAGCAUGGGCCCGUGUUUCCAACUUCAAUAACAUUCUCAACACCGCCGCCGCCUCUUCGGCUACCGGUCGGUCCACUCGGGGGAACGAUGCUAUGUCUUCGGCGGCAAUUAAGGAGCGAUUGGCCGGAGUACCGGUCUACGCCCUCACCAGUCCUGGCGAAGAAUUUGUGUUAGUUUCUCCUGUCAGAAGCGAAACAAGUCUCGGCCUUUUUUGCCUCAGUGAAGCCGAUGCCACGGCUCUACUUAACCAAAUGACCUCCAUUGACCCUUCUAUGCGCAAAGGCUCUAGAGUCGUCCCUGUGGCUCUCAACGAGGUCGUCCAGCUUAAAGUUGAUGGUGUGGCUUUUAGGUUGAUUCCAGAGGCGUCUCAAGUAAUGAAUGCAAUCAAGGAGCGUAAAAGGAAUGGUACAUCUGAUAAUGAAACCUUUCGUGGGGUUCCAGUUUUCCAGUCAAAAAGCUUAGCCCUGAGGAGCGACGAUAAAAGAUAUCGUCCAGUUUUCUUUAGGAAGGAGGACCUGGAGAGGUCUCUUUCUAGAGCUUCCAAAGAACAGAAUUUACUGAACCCCACCUUAAAGGGAGGAGAUAUUCAGGUUUCUGUUCUUGAGGAUAUAAUACAAGGGAUGAAGGACAGCUCAACGUCAACCUGGAACGACGUCGUUUUCAUCCCUCCUGGUUUUGAUGUGUCAACUAAUCCUCCCCGCGGUUGAUUUCACCUUUUGCCUGGCCACCGAUUUUGCACUUGUUCGAAAGAAUGCGCUCAUCUUUUACACCCAAAUCCAGACUUAAUAGCAGUGUAUCCUUUCUCUUAUCUCCAAAUUAGAGUGUGUAUUACAUUCUCAUUUUCUCACCUCAAGUUGGAUUGCCAUUUGUAAAGUAACUAUGACCAUAUGUCAAUGAGACUAUUAAUAUUCAAUGUUGUCCAA